ACUAGUACUAUAUAUCAUUGUGCUAUAGUACUCUAAGCUCUUCUUGUUAAGACUACUAAUAUGGAUCAUAAUUCUCAGAAUUCAUCUAGAUGCAAAUCCAACAAAAACCUAAGUGGUCCUGAGGAAAGUGGAUGGACAUCAUACUUUGAAGAUUUCUCAAAAGACAUAGAGCCAAGUCACUGUUCCAGUUUUGGUGGCUCCUCUUUGGUCUCAGAUGCUGCUUCUUCUGCUGCAUGGAAAUUUUCUCAUCACAAUCAUUUUCAGGGUGCACCACCAAAUACACCUAAGAAACUUUGUUUCAAGAAAGCAAUAAGAGCCAAACAGAUAUCAGAGGAUGACCCUUUGGAAGACACUGCUAGUUCUCCUCUCAAUAGCCCCAAGGUAAGAGACUUGGAUACAACUGAAAUCAUUUCUAGUAAGAUUGAUGAUGAUCAACAAGAAGGUUCUAUGGGUAAGGAAUUCACAUCAUCAGAGAAUUAUUCAAAUAAGCAUGAAGUAAAUUUUAAUGGAAAGAAAAUUGAUUGCACAGACUUGAAGAAAAAAGGGCUCUGCCUGGUUCCUUUGUCCUUGUUGGUUAAUUAUUUGGGGUGACUAGUCUGACUGAUACUUUUGUCCAUAGCUUCUCUCUCUCUCUCUCUCUCUCUCUCUCUGUGCCUCUCUUUGUCUCCUUUUCUUUGUGUUUUUCU